UGAAAUUAAAGUACCAAAAAUCUUAAAACAAAACAAUUAUAUAUAUAAUAAUUAAGAAAUACUAAAUCAUAUAUAUAUAUAUUUAUUCAUAAUUAAUUAAUGGCGACCGAAAGCGCUGUUGGGAGGCUUCCUAUUAUUGAUUUUUCAGUAGAACAGGUACUGAAACCAGGUACGCCCGAGUGGAACACUGUAAGGGCCCAAGUCCGCCAAGCACUGGAAGAAUUUGGUUGUUUCGAGGCACAGUUUGAUAAAAUUCCAAUACACAUUGGAAAAGCCUUAUUUGAUGCACUAGAACAACUUUUCGAUCUUCCUUUACAAACCAAACAACGAAACGUUUCGAAAAAGCCAUUUCAUGGCUAUGUGGGCCAAUACCCAGCUGUGCCUUUGUACGAAAGCAUGGGAAUCGACGAUGCCAAUAUUCGUCAAAAUGUUGAAGCUUGGACUAGUGUUUUAUGGCCCAAUAAUGGAAACCCAACUUUUUGUGAAACUAUUCAUGCUUAUUCUGAACAAUUAUCUGAGUUGGACCAAAUAAUAAGAAGGAUGAUUUUGGAGAGUUUGGGAGUUGAGAAAUAUUUGGAGGAACACAUGAACUCCACCAACUACCUUCUUCGAGUGAUGAAAUAUAAGGGGCCUCAAACCAAUGAGACCAAGUUGGGUUUGAAUGCUCACACAGAUAAAAACAUUGUCACUAUUUUGAAUCAGAACCAAGUUGAGGGGUUAGAGAUCCAAACCAAAGAUGGCCAAUGGUUUACUGUCAAACCUUCUUCUUCAAACUCUUUCAUCGUCAUGAUCGGAGAUUCUCUUAACGCAUGGGCAAACGGUAGAUUACAUUCUGCAAAUCACAGAGUAAUGAUGACAGGAAAUGAGGCAAGGUACUCAACGGGAUUGUUUUCCAUACCAAAAGCAGGUUACAUAGUCAAAGCCCCGGAAGAGCUUGUGGAUGAAGACCAUCCUUUGUUGUUCAAACCCUUUGACCAUGUCAAAUUCCUUGACUUUUACUAUACCCAGGCUGGUCAAACAGCCCCAUCUGCUCUCCACUCCUAUUGUGGACUCUGAUCCAGAAUCAUCCCUAUAAUAUAAUUAUAAUUUAUGUAUGUACCAUCGUUUUGUUUUGUCUUAAAUAAUUAUCUUCUCCAUGACAUGUACUUUUUUAUGUUGAUCUCAAUGAUAAAAUAUAUAUUAUGUUUG